AUGUCCAGCGGGUCCGCGCCAAGUUCUCGGCGUGUUUCGAAGAAGCCCGAGAAAUCUACAAGCGUAAAGUCGAAGAAAGCUGAUGCGCGCCUCUCAAAGACUGGGAAGGUCAGCAAGUCUGUCCAGAAAAGCAAACAGAAGUCUGUGUCGCUGAAGAAGCCAAAGAGCGAGGAUAAGUCCGCUGAUCGAUCAGCCUCCCGAAGGCCCAAAAGAGGGAAGAACUAUAUCACGCCGAAGAAAAAGAACCCCCAGUCGCUGGUGUGCAAUACUGCCAACUCUCGAUCUCUGAAGGCCGACAGCGAUAAAAGCGCGCUGAAAAACAAGAAAGGGCCUGCUUCGACGGUGACUGCCAAUGUAUCGAACCGCUCGACAAAAUCUUCAGGCAUUGCCAGCUGUCAGGCCCCGCCUGCUGACAAGUCAUGCGUAGUCGAUAAUAACUCGCAACAAAAGAACUCGGGCAUUGCCAUGCCGGUCGAGCCGAUCCAGGCAAACCGCACGCUGCGCGCCCUGUGGAUGUCAGCCGGCCGUGCUUCGGCUCGCAGGCGCCUUCUGAUUGUGAUGCGCUCGGCGGAGCGCGUGGAUCGUGUUUUCGGGCCAAAGUGGAAGGAUACCGAGAUGUCAUGGGGCUGGGUGAUGCCGUCCGAUCAGAACAUUGGCCCGAGCCUUCGAGCCAUCGCGGCCACCGGCUACAGCUUUGAGAACGAUUCGCCAAUCACCGAAAUUGGUUUUAGAGAUGUCUUG